CAAAAAAAGGCAACAUAUACAACUAAAAGAACUUCUAUGUCCUUGGUUCCAGGAUAUUCUUCGGAUUCAAGUGGUGAUUCUGAUGCUGAAGUUCAAUUGAAGCCAAGUGGGGUUGAAAUACCGAUUCUUCCCGUAUCAUCUUUAGAUCCAGCACCACAAGUAGUUCAUCGAGAUACUUUAAUCAACUCGAAUAUUGAACCAACCAUUAAUUCAUUUUCUGGAAAUUAUCAAAAGCAAUUCCAAGAUGUUUCUAUAUAUGAAACAUUAACAAAACGGUCAUCAAAAUCAAACAAUGAUGCAGCUAAAAAACUUAAAAAGAGACGUAAACAAAAGGGUAAUGUAGAAGAUGAUGAUUAUUUGGGCCCCUGGGCAGGGUAUCAAGACUCCCUGGAGGAAGAGGAAAUUCAACAAGAAGAUAUAAAAUUGAAUUCUAAUAUAUCUAAUGAUCAUUCGGUAGAUUCUGAAUUUGAAUCUGAAUCUGAAUCUGAAUCUGAACCACGAUCAUUUACAGAACUCUUUGUUCCAACUACAACUAAUUUUAUGGAUCCACCACAAAGUGUUCUUAUGCAUAAGUUCCCUAAAACAUGCUAUGCCUCCAAACGAAUCACGUUCAAGUACUCAAAAAUCCAUGAAGGUGGUGUCACUAAACUUCAAUUGUCACCUAAAAGUUCACAUUUAUUACUUUCUUGUGGGAAUGACUCUAAGAUUUUUCUUUGGGACGUUUAUCGUCAUAAAAAGUUACUUCGUGGGUAUUAUGGACAUACUCAAGCUGUUCGAGAUAUAUCUUUUGAUUCAACUGGGACUCGAUUUCUAAGCUGUUCAUACGAUAAAUGGGUCAUCUUAUGGGAUACAGAAUCUGGAGAAAUUAUCUCAAAGUAUAAAAUGAAAUCUACACCCAACGUGGCUAUAUUCAACCCACAUAAUGAAUUACAAUUCAUAGUUGGGCUUGCCAAUCAUAAGAUUGAACAUUAUGAUACAUCUAUCACUGAACCAAAUGUACCAAUCCAAACUUAUACUCAUCAUAUAGGUGCGAUAAAUUCACUCACAGUGGUAGAUGAUUCAACCAAAUUUAUGUCCACCGCGGACGAUAAGUCUGUAAGGUUCUGGGAAUGGCAGGUUAACAUUCCAGUCAAAGUGAUUGCAGAUCCAUCGCUGCACUCUAUGCCUGCAGCUGCUCUUCUCCCACCUGAUGGCCAAUUCAUUGCUCUUCAAUCAAUGGAUAAUACGAUCCAGGUGAUCCAGGGCCAUGGAAAAUUUAAAUUUUCCUCAAAGAAGGUCUUUCAGGGCCAUAAUGUUGCAGGGUAUGGGAUAGACGUAGGGUUCUCUGCCGAUGGUAAGUAUAUCUACAGUGGAGAUUCGCGUGGUUUUAUAUACUGUUGGGAUUGGAAAUCAUGCAGAGUUGUGAAUAAAACUAAGAUAGAUAAGUUACCCAUCACUUGUCUACAGGCUCAUCCUCUGGAGCCUAGUAAAACUAUAGUGGCCGGACUUAGUGGUCAAAUCUACGUGUGUGAUUGAUGAUGCGUUUAUAGAUCUAUUAAAUAAUUAAAAUAAAAACAAAUAUCGUAUACCAAUAGAUUAAAAAUGGUUGAACGUAUGCAAAAUGCAAUGAAUCUGGAGUCUAAUAUAAAUAUAUUGGAUGUGGGU